AUAGUUUGACAGCUCUACGUUUGGACCGCUUUUCUGUUGAAUUACGUUUUGGAACAAUAAGUGAAGACUUCAACUCCGUUGUCCCUCAUUGUCCACAUAUUUUCUUGAAAAUGGAACAGCGACGCAAUUUUCUGGAUGCUGAUAAUAGCAUUUUGGAAAAUAAUUUACGAUUUGUAAAGAGCGACUUGGAAGAAAAUUUGAAUCAGUUUUUUGGUGCCAGCGGAGGCACUAAAAGUUCUCCUGGAUCUGGAAAAUCGAAAUCGGUUGCCCCACCACGUGAAUAUAAAGUUGUACAACCAACACCCGGAUUCUGUAUUAAAACCUUCAAAGUCAACACCAAUGAGAAAUAUUUCAUCAAUGUCUGCCAGGCUGAGGAGAUACCACCGCCAGAAGAUAUUUCCGAAGCCCAGCUAACAGAAAUCCUAAAUUCCGAUGAACCCAGUUCUUAUCGUAUACCCAUGAGCAUUUCCGAACCCAGGGUCACCAAAGACAAAUCCGAUAAUCCAGUUGAUGCCGUCGAUUUCGCCAUCAAUCCGAAAUUUUUUGCCAAAAUUGAAAAGUCGGCGCUGUUCAGAGAUUUCUUUUUGGUUUUGAUUGCCGAGGCCCUAAGCGACAAAUAUAAUGUACAAAUCAAAGUCGAUAAAGCCAUAAUAUUAACUAAGCGUAAAUUUAUUGGUACACUGUUGUCACAUCGGGUACGUAAUACGGAUGUUAAAACGGUUUUGAGUUCAUACAAAAAUCCAACAAACGAAGAUUUAAAUAAGCUAAAAUCUUUGGAAAACUCCAAAACAUUGGUACAAGAAAUCGAUGCCAAAGAAUUGCAAAAUUUGAAAAAGAAAUCCGAAGAACUGAAGCAGCAACAGUCGAAUCGCAUUAAACAGGAAAUUGCCCAGGCGGCAUCUACCGUACCGGAUUAUAAGCUGAGGGCACGCAUCAAAAACGAAGAGGUGGAAGAGGUGCAAGCUGAAUUUUAUCUACCCAAAUGUAUCUCCUCCCAAGAAUUGACAUUGGACAUUGGAGAAGAUCGUAUCUUGCUGGAAUCCAUGAAACAUGGCUAUCUCUUUGAUAAAUUUGUAAACUAUCGCUUGAACCAAGACAGGGCAAGGGCAAUAUUUGAUAAAACGAAUAAGAUGCUGCAAAUUCGUAUUCCAGUCAUACCAGCUCAGUAGUAUAUUUAAAAAAAUUAAAAAAUUAAAUUAUUAUAUUGUUAAUUCCAAUUAAUUAUAAUAAAUAUCUCUUGAGGAUCAUUA